GAACGACUGCCCAAAGUCGCAGCACAGUGCAGCUCUCUUUUCUUGCUCGACAUGCUCGGCAGGCUCGGCUUUACCUCUAGUAUCUUCAAACGAAGCACUCUGCGACUGCGCUCAAAUGUAUUCCCCGCAUCGAGGAAACCUCAUGCCCGACUCGAGCACACCUCAUCCGCCAAUCCGACAUACAACGCCAAGCGCUAUUCACGCUUCCAUCCUACGUUCAUAGCCCUUGGAGCUGUACCUAUACUUACCUUUGCGCUUGGAACAUGGCAACUUCAACGGCUGCAGUGGAAAAUUGCUCUCAUUGACGAGUUGACGGAGAAACUUGAGCGGGAACCUAUAUCCCUACCAAACAAAGUCAAUAUUGCAGCCAUCCCCGAAUUUAUAUAUCGCAAAGUCAUUCUGCGAGGCAAGUGGGAUCAUGCACACGCAAUGCCUCUCGGUCCUCGGGUGAAAGACGGCACGCUUGGCUACCACCUCAUCACCCCUCUUGUUCGAACGAAUGGAUCCACCGUGCUAGUUGACAGAGGCUUUGUUGCGCGAGAAUACGUCGAAGAGAAUAAACCACGCGCGGAAGACCCGGAAGGCGAGGUAGAGGUCUGUGGCAUGCUUCGUGCAUCACAAGCACGCAAUGCUUUCACUCCGGACAACCACCCAGAGCAAAAUUUGUGGUACUGGACAGACGUCGAUGCGAUGGCAGAAUUUUCUGGAGGCGCUGAGGCCAAUGUUCAACCUGUCCUUGUGGAAGAGAUAUUCCAGGGCCGCGUCGGAGAAUCGAGCUGGAGAUUGUCGAAGGGUAUUCCUGUUGGCAAGGAGGCUAUCGUAGAUGUACGGAACUCGCAUGCUUCCUACGUCGUGACAUGGUACUGCUUAUCCGCGUUCACCACAGUUAUGUUUAUACGGCUAAUGCUGAAGCAGCGCACUCCCUUCCGCCGCCUCUCGCGGUAAUUCAUACCACUCAGAUACGUAGUGAGUGGCGUAAUGUGCCUACCUUUGACUUGCCUCGCUAUGCGCCCCCAGUCAUAGCAGAGACCUAGACUGAUACGGGAACUUG